UUGCUUACUAUAAAAGGCAGCUGCAACUACUGUAUUGCAACAAUAGAUGGUUAAUUGACAAGUUUGCAAUACAAGCGCAUGCAGAGCAUAACCUAAGCAAAGUCAAAGCUAACAGAAGAGCUGCAAAAUAUUAAAUACCAAUAAUGCAUGAAUAUAAUUGCCAAAACAUCUGCUAUAUGAUUGUGUACGCUUUCAUCGGAUUUGUAGUUGCACUUCCUAUCCCCGAUGAGCAGAGUGAUGCGCAUCUUGGACCUACCACAACUACUGCAGCGGCAGAGCACGCUUUGCUGGAGACACAAAUGUCGGAAAUGUCACAACAAAACAUAGUGCAAGAUUUUAAUACUUUUAUUGUUUUGGAACCGAUGCUCGAUGCCGCAAACCCAUUGGAGUUUAAUCAACGUUUGCGUCGUGCUUUGACCCAAUCACAACUGAAUGAACCAGUCGAUGUGGACUACGAUAUGGAACUCGCAGAAGUCCAUGUAUUCCGUCCACUCUUUCGCUAUCGUGCCGAGGUGGAACGCCGAGCGCAACGAAAUGGCUAAUAUCAAUACAUAUGUAUUUAUAAUUAGUUUAAGUGAUUUUUGUACCUCAUUAAUUGUUAGUGAAAUAAACUAGAUAAUUAAGGAA